CGAAGACCGACUUCAAGACCGGAAGAAGAUGCACCACGAUCUUUACUAACAUCUGAGUACAUGAAAAGAGACGAAUUCUAAAUCUUGCUGCCUUCUUCAACUUGCUUGAGUACCUAUACACACGUUCACUUCAAAACGAGACGCUGCCUCAGCCGGUGUGCCUGUACCUACAGCCUCUACAGCUUCUACGACUUCCACGUCCUUCUCUCACGAUGUGCAAACACAUUCUCAACGCCCAAGUCGCCAUUCGGUCACCAUGCUGCCGGAAAUGGUUCGACUGCGCCGAAUGCCACGCAGAGCAAGAGUCCCACCCCCUCCUCCAAAGCUUCGAAAUGACGUUUGCCUGCAAAAAGUGCAAAAAGGCCUUCCGCAAGGACGCCCAGGAGUUUGACGAGAGCGACGAGUACUGCCCCCACUGCGACAACCACUUCGUCAUCGAGGCCAAGACGCCCAAGGCCGCGCUCACCAUCGAGGGCGAGGACGUCCGCAUGAACAACAAGCUGCUCAAGGACGAGAGGGUCCGGCAGGAUGGCCGGAGGACCAUUUUCGAUCCGACGCCGGAUGCUGACAAGCUCGGUUAGGCAAUGGAAAUUGGUGAUAUAGUUGGGAG